AGACACACGUGGACAACUGUCACCUUGCUCCUUCAUGGCAGAAAGGCAGAGCGAGCCAUGCACCAGAACAAGUCACAGCCUUUGAAAUAGCUCUGUUGUAUUAAGGAUACCACCACCCAGGAGGAGCAAAAAAUAAUUCUCAUCCAAUACCGUGGCUGGUUCUCUUAAUCCCCAGCCCCAGAGAAAGGAACCGGUAAAGAGAACUGAGAGUUUGGGACUGUAAAACUGAAAACUCCCCCAGAAUCUUCUUUCAACAGAGAACCUGCUGAGGAGACAGCACACAGCCAGGAUGAGCGAGGUGUCUGUCCUGGAGAGAACCACCUUCCUACUAGGACUGCUUUGCCUUUGUACAGGCUCUGCAGAUGCUGCUGCCCUGGGCGUGUAUCAGUCCCCGCCCUGUAUCUUUGCAGCUGUGGGGACGGAGCCCAUUAUGGAGUGCAGGUUCCCUCCCAUAGAGGCAAGCGAAAUAGCUUUUAUCUCAUGGUACAAAGAGGAGAGGAGACUGAGCCCCUCAGACGGACGGUUCAGGUGGUCUGAAAACCUCACAGCAGGGUCUGUUUCUCUUCGGAUACCUCAUGUGCAGGCUCAGGAUGCUGGAGUCUAUACCUGUGAGAUGGGGAAUAUCACCCACAGCUCUCCCGGGAAUGGCACAAAACUGGAAGUUCGCGGUUCAGGUCAGAAACCGGAGAAUCAAACGGCAGGAGAAGAGUGUGUUCAUUUUACUGCACCCCAGCAAGAACAUACGGCUUUGAUAGUGUGUCUGCCUCUUCUGUUCCUGCUGACACUGAGUGCGCUCAUCAUCUGCUACUUCAAACGGCCAAAAUGUUUCCCAGCUGAGGAAAGCCUUAGGAGCCAAUUGGAUAUGCACACAGAGACGCCAGCACAACAAGAAGUACCCCCUGACUUGUAUCACAUGCCAAAAAGCACCACUAGACUCGCACAACAGAAGGAAAGACAACUGCAACCUCAGACUCCCGCGAACCCAACUGAAGACGGCCUGAAUUAUAGCUCUAUGUACUUCAGCCAGGAAUAUCCAGAGGCUGCACAAAUGGAUGAAGAGAGAACAGAACUAUAUGCACCAGUGAAGAAAAAGAAAAAGUCAGCCUCUGAUGCAGUGUCCGAAUGACAUUAGACUAAUCAGUGUGGUCCGAGUCACGCUGGAUGGCUUAUCGCAUUGGCAGACAAGCCCCAGUUUUGUCCUGUCCGUGCUUCAGAUCUCAC